CUUACUAAAGUUUUACAGGAUUUAUUCUUUUUAUUGCAAUUAAUGUUAAAAGAAAAUGGAAUGAGCAGAAUCUUAUUGACUGGAGAAUGAAAUAAUUCAGCUGUGAAAGUCAGUUUUUUUCAUUUGGGAACUAAACACAAACAAACUGAAGCAAGCAAAGUCUGACUCCGCCCACACCUCUGUGAUAUGACAUCACCCAGUCGUUACCACGGAAACCAGCGCUCCACUGCAGACAGUUGACUGGCGGACAGGCGGAGUGAUGGCGGCUCAGGUGGAGAUGGAGUCUGGAAUGGUGGGCGGUCGUCUGCAUUUGAGUCCUCUGACCGACUCCAGUAAUAAAACUCUGAUCGAUGAUUCAACCCUCAUCAGUCCGGACCCUAAGAAACCCGCCCCAGGUCCCAAACCCAGGCUCACCCCCAAACCCUUUUCCAUGGACAGAAACACCACCAUACGGCCCAUCAUCGCCCCCAAACCCAAACCAGAGUCCAUGUCCAAACCUGAACCUACAAGCAAACCCAGGCCGGCGUCAGUAAAACUUGGAACUAAACCUGCGGCUCAGACGUCCGGACCUUCUGCGAUUAACGAACCCGUGAAUCCCAAACCUACCGAAAACACAAGUGUGGUCCGACGAACCAGCAUGGGUCCAUCGGCUGUGUCCAGUUCCCCUCGCACCGGUCUCAUUACCAGGGCGAAAUCCAUGGGUGGCCUGAGCAGCCUGGGGAUGGAGGAGGAAGGAGGCGGCGAGGGCGGCGUCGUUCUCCGCUCUCAAGAAUCGAGAGGCUCCAGGCCGAGACCGGUGUCUGCUGUGUUUUCUCCGGGUGCCUCCCUGUCUCCCACCCCUGCACCGCGCUGGGCCGACAGACGAUCCCUCAUCGGCGACCUCGCGUCCAAAUUCGAGGCCAACGGAGGUUCCUCCGGUCAGAGACGACCCGCCACGGGCGACAGCAAGGAGAACACUCCGGAGACGCCGACUCGAGAGGACAGCGCGGAGCGACUGUCCGGAACAAAGGACGACGACAGGCCGGAAGCCAAAUCUUUGGAUAAGGCAGGAAGCGGCAUAAAGAGGAGGAUCAGCCUCCUCAUAGACUCGUCCGCCUCCGCGUAUUCGCCCCCAGCCUCGCGAGGGGCGGAGCCUCGCUCUCCGGUGCCAGAAACGGAUGGAGCUGUCAGGGUGAAACAGCGAAUCAAAGAGCUCACGGAGGAACAAUCGGCGGUGGCGUCCUCUUUCCAGAGGCCGCAGGUUAAGCCCCGCCCACUGCCAUUAGAUCUGACCAAACGGUUUGUGGCGGAUGUGGACAGUUUGAGCUCCAGUGAACCCAGAGGCCUUCAGGAGGAAGCUGAGGAGCUCAACGUGAAGACACAUGAGGAGAUGGGAGUUCAGACAGUCCGAGCAUCGCUUUUCGAGAACGUGGUGGAGAAACACAGUGUCCAACUGCUGGAGGACACGACCUCCGGAGCUCCCGCACCUCACCAGGGAGACUCCGUCAAGCCAAUGCGGCGCAUCAGUCAACGGAUUAAGCCGAACACCAGACCCAUUUCCGAUGAUGAUGAUGACGUUGUGGUCCACGCUACCUACCAGAAAGCCGUGUCUCCUACGAGUCCAAAAUUCGUGGGGCAUGUUUUUGAAAUGGUUUCUGCAGUCGAGGAGAGUCACGCAGUUUGCGAAAAGGUACCAUCUGCUCACCUGGAGGAGAAAGCUUCUACUCUUCGAUCACGAAGGUCCGAGGCGGUGGAGACACCACAGCAACCGCCUUCAAACGUCGGAAUAAAAGAAGGAAACAGUUUUACACCAGGGACUGCUACCUCCAAAGAGAAGAGCAGUACCCGCUACCUUAGGGUAGGGGCAUUGCCAAAAUGGGACGAUACAUACGUGGAUAAAGAGAUGGAGUUGGAAAGGGAAAGACAAAAGGAGAUGGUGAGAAAGAUGGAAGAAGAGAUCCAGAAGCAAAUGGAGGUCCACCUGGCUGCCAAAGCAAUGAUAGAAGAAGACGAGGAGGAGAUCGAGCCAGAGAGGAAGAAACCAAUGAUGCCCGAACCUGAAAAGAGGCCCAAAGCUACUUAUUUCGCUCUUACGGGUCAGGUCAAUGAGACCGCAUACCAGCAAGCAGGAAAUGAUGAACAAGGCAUGUUAUCCGAAAUUAGACCCAAGCAAGAGGUCCAGUUUGACGACUUCUCUGCUAAAGAAAGACGCAGGGCUUUCCCGACUCAAAGGAAAAGCGAUCCAGAUGAAAGGGCCCAGUGGAACAGAGGACAAGAUCAGGAAUACUCAAGAGCAAUGGAGCAAGAGAUGGAGGCUGAGAGACAAAGAUUUGCCGAGUAUGAGAGGAUGAAGGAACAAGAAAGGCAGAGAGAGAUGCAAAGACAGAGGGACCUCGAAAUAGAGAAGCAAAAAGAAACAGAGAGAGCGAGGCAAAGAGAAAUGGAGAGACUUAAAGAGAUAGAGAAGGAAAAGGCGAGGCAAAGGGAGUUGAAAAGACAGCGAGAACUCGAACGGCAACGGGAAAUUGAAAGGCAACAACAGUUGGAAAAGGAACGGCAACAACAAAUCGAAUACGAGGAGAGAAAGGCAGCCGAGAGGGAGCUCGAGCAACAGAGAGAGUUCGAGAGGCAACGACAGAAAGAAUUCGAGCGAGAGAAGGAAAGGAUGCUAGACCAGGAGAGACUGAGGCUUAGAGAGUUCGAGAAACAGCGAGAGAGAGAACGACAGUUGGAGUUGGACAGACAAAGAGAAAUCGAGAGACAAAAACAGUUGGAGCUUGAGAAGCUGAAGGAAUUGGAAAGGCAGAGAGAGGUGGAGAGGCAAAGAGAAACUGAAAGACAGAAACAGAUGGAGCUUGAGAGGCAACGAGAAUUGGAAAGGCAGAGACAGGUGGAGAGGCAACGAGAAUUGGAAAGGCAGAGAGAGGUGGAGAGGCAACGAGAAUUGGAAAGGCAAAGGGAGAUGGAGAGGCAACGAGAAAUUGAAAGACAGAAACAGAUGGAGCUUGAGAGGCAACGGGAAAUUGAAAGACAAAGGGAGAUGGAGAGGCAACGAGAAUUGGAAAGGCAAAAGCAUUUUGAGCUUGGAAUACAGCAGGAGCUGGAAAGGCAAAGGGAGAUGGAGAGGCAAAGAGAAAUUGAAAGACAGAAACAGUUGGAGCUCGAGAGGCAACGAGAAUUGGAAAGGCAAAAGCAUUUUGAGCUUGGAAUACAGCAGGAGCUGGAAAGGCAAAGGGAGAUGGAGAGGCAAAGAGAAAUUGAAAGACAGAAACAGUUGGAGCUCGAGAGGCUAAGAGAAAUUGAAAGGCAAAGGGAGAUGGAGAAGCAACGAGAAUUGGAAAGGCAAAAGCAUUUUGAGCUUGAAAUACAGCGGGAGCUGGAAAGGCAGAAAGAAAUUGAACAACAAAGGGAUCUAGAGAGACAGAGGGAGAUGGACAGAUGGAUGCAGUCAGAACAGGAGAAAGCUGAGGAACUGGAGGAGCAAAAAACAUGGGAGGAUCUCAAAAAGAUCCAAGAGCUUGAGAGACGCAAGCUUAUUGAAUUCCAGCUUCAGAAAGCAAGUGGAAUGGGGAAACAAGCUCCCAGACAGAACGACCGAGUGGAAGACUUGCAGAUACCGACCGAAAGGACAAAAAGAACCUCUUUAUCCCCUCUACGACCCCAGGUUCUGGAUCUGGAUAGUGUUUCUCUAGGUGAUAGAAUAGGUACAAACGAUCCCAGCCCCACAUCCAGGUCCAGGCAAGCUUUAAAUCAUGAUACAGAACCUUACAAACCUUCGAUCUUGGACGUCGACUCCUUUAAGAACCAAACACAACCUGGAGUAUCUGUGGAUCCCUUUGGAAUGAUGGCCUUCUCAAGUCCAGAACCUAAACCGUUGACUGAAGCAGGUGGAGCCAAACCAAUGACCCCAGUUAACCCUCAAGCCUUGCUGCAAAAUCUGCAAGGUUAUCGAGACUCGCAUCCACAACCUGUUGGACCAGCAAGACUUCCAGCACCUCUUCAACCUCAACUCCUGCACCAACCACAGCACCAAGCCUAUGCCACAGAAAUGCAAUCCUACACUCCAGACUGGUCCGUCGGAGGGCGCCAGUCAGGCUCAGCAUAUCCCAACUCUCAGAAUGAACUGUGGGGUCAAUCACAAGGUGAAAUGGCUGUCGACGAACCCUCAUGGGUGUCUUCCCCUGAGCCCUCCAGGAGGUCCGUCAGCAUAAGGCAACCACGCCUCGAGCAGCUUUUCCAACGUCAGGGAGAAAGAAACUCGGGGUCUGUUUUGAGCCCAACUGCAGCACCUUCAAUACAGACGUCUACAUCCAGCCCUGGAAUCUCACCGGGUCACAUUUUGACGCCUGAGAGAGUUUGGAUGACGCCAACAGAUGGAAGUUCAAACCUGCCUUCAUCCUUGGGGUACAGAAAGGAGACCCAGACUGCCUCGUCUUUGGUGCCUGAAGCAGUCUGGACUCCUAACUGGGAGCCAGCAGCUCAAGAACUGAAUGAGACGGAGCCAAGAAACAGCAGCUCUCAGGAGGUCUCACGGAUGCGCUCGAGAAGCGUUCGGAGAUCCGCUCCCGCCGAGUGUUCGGUAGACGGCCCGUUGGCUCGGCUCAGGAGUCGCAGCGCACAUAGAGACCGAGGGCAAGGCCGCAGGGAGCAGCUGAACGCGAGCGUACUGCAGGAGGAUAAAGACACGGACACUCUGGUGCAGGAGACGGACAGUCAGUACGGGACGUGGGACACAGGACUGUACACUGAGGGCAGUUUGACUCCAGCGACCCCGUCGUCGGACAGUACCCUGUCCCCGUCGUCACAGAAACCGUCCCUCCCUCAGACCUCAGAGCAGCUGAGCCCGGCGACCCCGGACAUCGAGGAGGAGCCGCUCGCCUUCCCACAGUCUUCCACCAAUCUGCUGGACUCCAGUGCUCAGCGGUCCAAAGCUCAGUUGAGUAAGAGCUGCCGCCGACGCAGAGCCCCGCCCUCUCGAGCCGCCCGCCAGAGCGCCAUCCUGUCAGAUAGUUUGUUCCAGGACUCGUCAGAAGAUAAACCCGACUCCGCUAAGCUGCAGGACGAGGAGUCAGACGACGAGGAGCCGGUCCGAGAAGCUCGUACCGUCUCCUCCCAGCCUCAGAGGGUGUCCAUGUUCCCCGGCAUGGAUCCCUCCGUCCUCAUGGCCCAGCUGAAAAAGAGAGGAGAAGCAGACGGUCAGACGGACGGCUCGUCUCAGCUCUCCCGCUCCCCCAAAUCUCCCUUCCUGCCCCCAGUGUCCCGAGUGCUGCCCCCUGCUGGUGGCAAAGAGAACGGGGAGGAGUCGCCUCAGUGGCUGAAAGAGCUCAAAACCAAGAAACGCUUCAGCCAGAUCGAGAACGACAGCUAGAACUCAACACGCAAGAUGCCUUAUGACCGGAGCACGUGUAGCUAAAAGAUGACGACACAGGCCUUAACCUUUGACCCCGGAGUGGAUGGGAAUUACCCCCGCUGCUGCUGAUGCUACGGCGGCUCGUCGUCUCCCCCCGGCGAGGUCGAACACGUUCACGGUGCCUUUCAGGAGCUCUGUGACCGACGCCCGCAGAGCCGCUUCACUCAGCAGUGACCGACCGAGCCGGGGGCGAGUCACAUGACCCAGCGACCCCGGAGCUGCUUCUUCGUGGUUCCCAUUCACUCCACCGUUUCUUUUUUACGCUCCGUAUCGUCCGUACUAGUCCGGUUCCUUCUGUUUUUUAUUAUUAUUUGGAUUAUUUGGAUUGAUGGGUGUCGGUGUUGCACGUGCAUCUGAUUUUCUUGUAGUCCGCGGAUCCGCGCCGCACGGACGCUCGGGCCGCGGCGUAUCUAGGGACUAAAAUCUUAAGCGUAAACAUUAAAGCGUCCGUCACGAUGCAGGAACGUCUAUUUUUCUCGGUGGCGGCUUUGGGGAAAAUGUUCUGCGUGUAAAACGUGUAUUUUAGCAAAUAAAACGAGUGGAAUGAUGUGUGUGUGUGUGUGUGAGAGUGUGUGUGUGAGAGAGAGAGAGAGAGAGAGAGAGAGAGACGUGAUUAUAUGACUUGUACAGAAACACCAGGCGUCACGAUAAACAAAGUGCACAAAUGUUGCUGUUCAGGACGGAGCCGCUCAGGUUGAAACGAUCCCCCAUGUGAAGGAAAGCGAACCAUCUACAGACGACCCCGAUCAGUCCGAACGUCACGUAUACAGAUUAUUUUCUUAUUGUUUUUUAAUCCCGUUCGCUUCCGUGCUCCUCUGUGGAGCAGAAAAGGCGUGGGCUGUGUCCCAAAUCCAGAUCAACCAGCCCAGGUCAUGAUAAAUAAUGACCUUCGAUAAAUUGUGCGUCCAACCGAAUAAUAAUAAUAAUAAUAAUGUUUGAACUAUUUCAGCCUCUACAUUGAUCAUUGGAUUUUACAUAUAAUUCAUUCAUAUUCAUUCAAUCAGUCUGUUUGACCACCACUUUAUCCUGGUCAGGGUCGCGGUGGGUCCGAUUCCCUGGACGAAAGGCAGGAAACACCCCGGACAGGUCGCCAAUUUUAGUAUCUCCAAGGAACCUAUGUACAAUGACUGUACGUCUUUGUACUGUGGGAGGAAACCGGAGCUCUCGGGGGAAACCCACACAGACACGGGGAGAACAUGCAAACUCUGCACCGAAAGGACCCAGAAUGCUCGCUCCACAUGGAAAUCGAACCCAGGACCUUCAGGACCUGUGAGGCGACAGUGCUACCCACCGAGCCACUGUGCACUGUGUAAUAAAAGGGAUACUCCACUAGCACACCAGCGCUGAGAUUCUGAACUCCUCGGUUCAAAACUCGCCGUUGCCACCGGUCGGCUGGGCGCCAUCUAGCUGGCAUAAUUGGCAGUGCCUGUAGGGAGGGAUGACCGGAAUAUGUGGGCGGGGUCUUUAAACGCUGUGUAAGGACCCUGAUUAGCAGAUAGAGAGGCGCAUGUGCAGGGUGCAUGGGUGGAAAAGGGGUCCGCCAAGGGCUGCGCGUGGGUAGGAGGCGUGAGCAGCAAUGUACCCUCUUCGACUGCAAUCAAGAAUCCCAUAGCAGCGGAGGACGUAUUCACUACACUGAAUUGGAAAAAAUUGGGAGAAAAACGUAUAUAAAUAUAUAAAUAAAUAAAUAAAAUGUUCACAAAGUUUUCAACUAAUCAUGUACAAUGUCUGACAUUAUUAUUAUUAUUAUAUUUUUUUUGGGGGGGUGCAUUGGUGCGGUUGAGCACAGCAACAAAGGUCUAAAUUCUUCGCAGUAAUCACAUGACCACCUUCGUUCGUUUGAACAAUCAUGAUUUUACCAGAUGUGCUGUGGAACGUCAGGAGAUCAUAACCCGUCCAUGUCUCCGUUCUCUCGGUGAAUCCUCGAGCUCGCGCGUACAAUCAUUUGAAGCUACAAUCGACGCCUGGUUUGCUUUAACGAUGGGCCAAAUAUAAAUAUACAGAGUGCUGAUGUUGCGCAGAUGUUGCACAAUAGAAGGUCUGGUACAGCGGUUCGUCUUCGUCACCGUCUCGCGUCCGUAUUCUGCUAACCUUCUAACCUUCACUUCCAUCUGUUUUUAUUUUAAUAAAGAAUAAAUAAUGGAACAGCUUAAUAUGAUCCAUUUCACCCUUCCUACAUUCCAGUAGGUGUGUUUUUCCUCAUCUGUGUGGAUGGAUGGAUGAAUUUUCUGCCACUUUGUACUGAAGCAUGUGAGAAUGUGAUUGGACGAUCCGCUUCCUCGUCUCGUCUUCGUGUCUGUUCGACAGUAAACGUCUCUUUGUAUUUUUUAAUUUGAGCAUAACGAUGUAUAUUAAUGACACUGUGAUGUAAAAUCAGUGAUUACCCUCUACAUUCUAAAUAAAAUUUUACAAGAA